AACAUGACAUCACCAAAAUCUGUAUAAAGCAAAACCAAGUUCCAUAGUGCAAACAAUCCCAAAAUUCAAUAUCUGGGAUUCAUUCACAAUCCUUUUGGUUCUUUUACUUAGAGGCUUGGAUGCUUUCUUUGGCCCUACCCUUGCCAGUAUAUACAUAGCCUGCUCCAUUUCAUUAUGACUGGUGCUUCUGGUGAUCAUCACCUGACACUGGCAUUUGCAAAACUGCUAAGGUCCACCAUAGAAAUUAGACUCUCUUUGGAAUGCUUGUUCUGCCAUACCUUGGAAACCUCAGCUGUUCCCUAUGAUCCCUUCAUGUCUUUAAAACCAUUAUCUUAUUGCAUGAGUAAAUCUUAAAUUACAAAGUUUAGCUGCUGGAGCAAGUAUUGUGAUGCAACUUUAAUAUUUAUCAAUACCUUAUUUAUUAAACAUAUGUUGUCAUCUAUUUAAAUUCUCUAGAAGCUUGCUGUUGAACACUUGGUAAAGAAAUAAGUACUUAGCUGUAAAUCUCUAAGUUAGCUUUUGUUAACCUGAAUAGGUCUUUAUAACCUUAGUAAAAGAUGGUUGCUAGCCAUAUGGCUGCCCAUGAGGUCACCAGCCAAUAUGGAGGAAAGCCACGUGGUUGCUGUUUAAAGCAUGUUUUUUUUAACAAUAAUUACUUGCACACAUAUGCACAGUUGGGGAUCCAAGUUACAUACACAUACAUACAGUUAAAGCUAGCUUUGUGUUCAUACAUACAGUUAAACCCAAGUCACAUAUGUGUCCAUAUACAUACAUAUAUAUACACAUAUAUAGAUACAUAUAUGUAUCUGUUUUUAACAUAACAGUUUGCAGAAUUAUCAGUUAAUUUUAAAAUGAAAACCAACCAGAAGUAACUUUUAAAUUCAGUAUUCGCAGGUAUAAGAGACCACAAUGAACAUAGUUCACAUUCCCUCUGACCUUUGACAACCUUCCAUAAGACCCUUUCUGACCUUCCAUAACCUUCCAUGUACCCCCAGUCUGUCCAGACAUUUAUUUCAGACAAAUUUCUUUCUUUCUUUUUUUAACAUAGAAAACUCUUACCAAAGUCUUUCUUGGGAUUUCCCUCAGUGGUUUAGAAUAUACUGUAAAGCUACAGUAUUUUAAACAAGAACAGAAAUACAUGCAUAUACCAUUACAAGAAUAACUCUAAAUUUGCAUCAGCACUAUACCACAAGCAAGAAACUGUUGGUUAGCCUUAUAACAUAGCUGUGGUAGCUUAGCAACCAAAGGCAGUGACAUUCCAUUCUGCUCUUGGAACCAAACCUUGAUCAGGUUUUAGCCCCAGGGCAGAUCUUAGGAGCCCCACCCAUCAUCAUGAGAGGAAAAAGGACCCACACAGCAUGGAAACAAAAGAUUGUUGUUAAACCCAGAUUCUCAAGUACAUGAGAGUGACUGGGCUCUAGGACCUGUAGGCCACAUCUCGACUGUGACCCUGGAGGGGCUGUUCUCCACAAGUCCCUGCCUGGAUCAGGCAUGCUUUGAGCUCCUUGAGGCCCCCACUGGCUCCUGUCUGCACUGUACCACAAAACCCCUACCUUGAGGCUCCCUGUAUAGGGGCUGGCCAUGAACCUGCUGUGUGUCCAGGCCAUGCAAAGUCCUCAUGGCUGUUGCUCAUGCCACACCACACUAUAACAAUGACCCGCUGCCUGGGCUGGCCGGCUGCCCAGAGAAAAAGGAGGAAAUGAGGCAGGAGCAUUCUUAGUCUGUCCCAGCUCAACAAAGGGACCCUCCAUCCCUUAUGCUGGCCAUCUGGCCCCAAAAGCUGUCCAUGCACAGCUUCCAUUAGGAGUCAUAACACACAUACAAGCCCAGGCAUAAAACACACAUAUAUGUGGCCCCAUUUCUCAUAAGUCACACAUUCAUAUAGGUAGAACAUUCCAACAGGAAGGCAAACAAAACUUUUUAGAGCACAUAAGACAGAAAAACAGCUCUCCUGUUAUCUGGAGACAAAACCAAAUCCAAAAAGAUGCCAGCCUCAUGCCAGUCCCAUGACCGUGACCCAUGUCGUCUACACAAAUCAAAUUCAUAUACAUGCAGGUUCUUACAAAUUUUGGGCACUUACAAAAGGAUAUCCAAAUGGCCCAACGGCCCACUUACAAAAGGAUAUUCUAAAAUCCCACUUACAAAAGGAUAUCCAAACAAAAAAAAAACAAAAGUAAAUACAGAAAACACAAAACUAGACACAGGUAAACGCAGACACAAAGAAAACAUACCAGCCAGCUCUUCAGGCUCUAUGGGCCAGUGGUCCUGGUGGGCUUAGGGGAUCCUGGAUGAGCCACCAAAUGUCAUGAUCAGAUCACAGAGACCCCGAAACACCACCACAGAGACAGAAUCAUGCAUGUAAAAGCAAAGAGCCUUUAUUAUCUUCAAGCUCUGAACUUGGCCUCUCUGUAUGUCUGACAUAGCAGGUGAAAACCGAGAGCCCUGAGCUCAGGCAGGGUGGGAUUUUUAUCAUAGCAGAGGUUGGGGUGAGGGAAUUUCCAGGGUCCAGGACCCUGAUUGGCUGACAUUUAUCUAGGGGUAUGUGUGAAACAAAAAUAGAUGUGUGCUAGACACAGGGACAUCUAGCCAGCCACCUUAUCUAAUGGUUGGAAUGUUUGAGAUGUCACGUACUUCCUCAUCCCUGGGUGGAUCCUUGGGAGGCUUUUCCUGGACUUGGGUGUUGCCUACCAGUAAGCCUGUCACAGAAGCUGUGUCUGGGCCCCUAAGCCUGUCAUGAUAGCUGUGUGGUCAAGCUGUUUUGGGGCCCCUCCACAAUUCCUCUAUUACUCCCCUAUAUCUCACUGUGGUCUCUUUUUACUUUUCUGGUUGCUGCAGUUUGUGUACUCAGAUCUGAAGAUCAAUUUUCUACACAGCUGAAUAGUAUUUUAUAGUAUAUUUGUACUGUAUUUUCACUAUCCAUUUGUCAGUUGAAGGACAUUUAGAUUGUUUGCCUUUCAAAGCUAUUAUGAAUAGAACAGCAAUGACCAUGGUUGAACAAGUAUCUAUGAGUAGAGUAUCAAGUUGUUUUGAACAUAUGCCAAUGAGUGGUACAGCUUGUCCAUGGGCUAAAUUUGUUUAACUUGAGGAUUUGUAUAUUUGAUUUAAAAUUCUCUGUGUUGAUUUCCAGAGUUGCUAGAAUUUUUGUUUAUAGGUUUUUAUUUCCUAUGGUUAAGACUUUAGUGUUGCUUGUAAGUGGACAUUUCCCUGUCCCUCGGCUACUCUAAAAUAAUCACCCAGAGGCUUAUAUUAAUUACAAAUGCCCAGAAAAUAGCUCAUGCUUAUUACCAACUAGCUCUUAUAAGUUAACCCAUUUCUAUUAAUUCAUGUACUACCCCAAGGCUCAUGGCCUUUACCUCUAUCAAAUUGUGUGUGUCUGACUCAUCCUUCCUCUGGCUGGCAACUCUCCUAACUCUGCACUUCUCUUUCUCAGCAUCCUCAGUUUGAUGUUUUCACCUAGCCUUAUCCUGUCUAGUUACCACCUAUCAGUUUCCAUAUUAAACCAAUCACAGGGACAAAUUUUCACAGUGUACAAAAGAAUUUUCCACAGCAGGUACUGGCUGGAUUAUUGAGAGUACUAUUUACUUAAUGUAAGAGUUGGUGGUUAGCUAUCUUGCCCAUGGAUGACUACUUCCCAUUUCUCAUCUGCUUAUCAAUUCUUCACAUGUUCUUAUGGAUAAUUCCUCUGAUUGACCUCUGUAUAUUUUUCCUCUAAUUUAUUAUCUGCUGUCCCACUUUAUUGAAAUGAAUUGUGUUAAUUCUUGCCUAUCUUGAAAAGCACUUUUGUCUCCAUUAAUUUUAGAGACUAUUUUUUUUUUGAGACAGGGUUUCUCUGUGUAGCUUUGCGCCUUUCCUGGAACUCGCUUUGGACAACACCGCCCGGCUGAGACUAUAUUUUGUUGCAACAAUGUAGUUGAUGACAAUUUUCCCUCCAGGCUUUAAAUGUAUUUACAUGUUGACUGUCUUUGGAAUCUUUUACCACACAACUGGGAGUAUUCUGUUUCUUAGGUCUUUUCAUGUGAUUUGACAUUUUUCUUUAAUAGCUUUCAGUAUUGAUAUUUGUAUUUUCCUUUUAAAUCCUUAAUGAAAGUACAGCAAGCCAUCUAUUCAGCAUUCGUGAAAGAGAAACUCAAAGAAGAGAACAGAAAGAAAUGGCUGAUUCCGCAAUAAACAUGUCCCAGGUCAGUGAUCAUGUCCACUAUUUUUUCUAGAAAUGUUGUAUUUUGAGACAUUGGAAGCCUUUAAUUUUCUUCUGAUAUUUUUUAACUUUGUUAUAAAAAUAUUACAAGCACACAAGACAAAAUUCAGAUAUUGAAAUUAUCCAUACACAAAGCCUAUACACCUCAAUGUAAUUUUAUACAGUUAGUGUUGACAUUUGGAAAAGAAGAUCUGGAGCCUCACAUGUGAUUUUAUAUUUUUGCUAUUACACAUAUUUCAUUGUAAUUAUACAUCCCUAAUUUCUUCAAGUCUCCUUUUAUCCAAGAAAGCACUCUGUCUGGUAUCACAUGAUCGAACUGUACUUUUUUGUUUCAGGAUCUGUUGACAUUCCAGGAUGUAGCUGUGGACUUCUCCCAGGAGGAGUGGGAAUGCUUGGACUCUGCUCAGAGGACUUUGUACAUUGAAGUGAUGUUGGAGAAUUACAGGAACCUGGUCAUUGUGGGUGAGAACAUUUUGCUUGUAGAAUCCUAAUUUAUCUUACAUAUGUACCGACUUUACAGACUGUAAACUCUGUGUUAAGCUGUCUUGGAAACAAGAAGGGACUAUAGGAACAUUGGUAAUAGGAAAGAACUUUUUCAUAAUAUUUAAUUUUUUUCCUUUUCUCUUUUUUAUUUUAGAAAUGUCAUGCACAACUCAUUUGGUUCCAUGAUACAUUCAGAAACAUAGUUGUAUAUAAUAUUUGCACCCAAAUCUUUUUCAUUGUUUUUUAUUGCAAGAGAUACCUUUCUCAUACAGUAUAUUCUGAUUAUACUUUCCCCCCUCCCUAUACUCCUUCCAGUUCUUCCCCAUAACUCUUUGCCUCAAUAUCCACUCCAUUGCUUCCUCUCACUACAAAAGAGCAGCCUUCUAAGAGAUGACAACCAAGCACGGCAAAAUAAAAUAUAAGAUGAAGCAAAACCAUCAUAUUGAAGUUACACAAGGUAACUCCACAGAUGGGAAAGUCUCCUAGGAAGAGGCAUGGUAUCAGAGACCCAUUUGAUCUCACUGAGGAAUUCCAUAAUAAUACUAAGGUUAAAGCUAUAAUAUUUAUGCCGAGGACCUGGUGCAGACACAUGUAUGCUCUAUGCCUGCUGCUUCAGUCUCUGUGGAUUUACUUGCACUUGGCUAGUUUUUUUUUCAGAAAUCCUUGUUCUUCUGUUGUCCUCAGUCCCCUCAGGAUAUUAUACUCCCUUCACUUCCUCUUCUGCAUAGUUCUCUUAGCUAUGAAGAGAGGGAUUUGUUGGAGGUAUCCCAUGUAGACUCUCUCCAUAUACUGCUGUGGGUCUCUGCAUUUUUCCCAUAUGCCACAGGAGGAAGCUUCUCAGAUAAUGACUGGAUAUGACCUUAAUCUAUGAGUAUAGUAGAAUAUAAUUAGUAGUCAUUCUAUUGUUACUUUUUUUUCUUUGUACACCAGUAGUUUUUGGAUUUGCCAUUGUUUUCUCAUCUAACUAGUCUUUGGUCCUUGGUUACCCAAGCAAUGUUGGCUAGGGUUACAUGUUGUAGAUUGGGCCAUAAUUAAAAUCAGACAUUUGUUGACUACUCCCUCCAUUUCUGUUCCAUCAUUGCCCUAGCAUAUUUUAUAGACAGAACAGAUGGUAGGUCAAAGGAUUUGGGGCUAUUUCCAUCCCAAAUUUAAGCUCCAUGUCCAUAAAUUCAUUUGAUAUCAUUUUAAUUCUAAGAAAAACUCAAGGUAUGCAAACUGAAAAUUCUCUCUAAAUAUGUUUAGAAUAUUUAUAGGAAAUAGCAAUUGGGAAACAUUCCUAUAUUCCCCUACUUUGUGUUCUCUUUAUGUACUGAGCACAGUACUAUGUUAGAUGUCUGUAUUCUUUCUAAAUAUUCUGCCAUGGAUCAUGUGCUACCUCACACAACACAUGGACUAUAUGCAAAGUAGGCCUGGUCACCUGUCUGGAGAAAAUGAGAUUGCCCUGGAAUGUGGAGAGGAGAGAGUAACUACAAGUAGGGUGGGCUAGUGAAUGAGCAGGACAACAGUGACAUCCACAAGUGAAGGAGAAAUCAAGGGCUAUAUUUUUAAUUCCACCUGGAAGGAUUUCUGAUAUUUUAAGUUAGUAUAGUUUCGUGAUCCCAGGAUGCAUGCUGCCUGUAGUAACUGCUGGAAGAUAUUGUACUUUAUUGCAUCUGAAUUAUGAUGGCUUAAUACUAGUACAAAUUGCAAUUUUAUUUGAUUAUGUUGACAUCAAAUUGGAAUACUUUUGCAAAGUUUGCAUCUAAAAUUAAUCCAUGAAGAAGGUAUAUUACAUAAUUUCCUUACUUGCAUGUUUGUCUUUAUAUUACAUCCUUCAUUUUCACCCCAGUGGACAAUAUGCAGACAUCCUUCUGGGAACUAAUCUCAGGAUUUGUUGUACAGAGUGAACUGAGGAAAGUUAAGAAGCAUAGCAGUGUGGGGACCUCAGCCAAUGGAGGUUAGAAAACAGCAAUAACUGUCCAUGACAGCCCUGCCUUACAUGAUCUGAGCCUCUGAAGUCUGACAGAAUACUGUCUCUGCAUUCAUUACUUUUGGAGAAUACACUCUGUUUUCUAGAAAAGAGAAUAUACUCUGUGAUGUGAAUAUACUCUUACUCUUUGAGUAAGACUUUCACCUUAAAGGGAAUUUUCAACAGUAUUCUUCAUUGCUGUUCAUUAGGAAUUACAAAUACUUUCUGUCUUGGAUUAGAUUAAACUUUUUUUCAUCAAUAUGUGAAGAAAUAAAUAUUUAAAAAUAGAAAAAUGUGUUCUAAAUACAAUAGCCUAGUGAGCUCUAUCACAAGGUUAAUUACUGAUUCCACUAGUAUUUGUUUCAUCUUACCUGAAGGCUAUCACUUCAUUUCUGUGAGAAUCUAUAUAAGUACCAUGAAAGAAUAAGGUUGACUACUGAGAACUUUAGUCUAAAUAGUUGCUGAUCGACUUCUCUUUACUUACAGAUGGACAUCAAAGCAUGCACACUGGAGAAGAACCUUGCAAAUCUAAGGAUUGUAAGAAAUAUUUAAAUUUGUUCUCCAAAAUUUUUCAAGAUCAGAGAUUCUACUUUGCUAAGAAAGAGCACAGGCAGGGAGAAUAUGAUGACCAUUUCAGCUCUACAUACACUCUUAUAAAACAACUAAUCUACAUUGGAGAGAAUCCACAUUUAUGUACAAAAUGCAGAAAAUGCUACAGUACCUCCCCAAGCCUAACCAUACAUCAGAGAAUUUAUAACGAAAAGAAACCCUACAAGUGCAACAUUUGUGACAAAUCCUAUAACCAGAGUGCAAGUCUUAAAGCACAUCAAAGACUUCAUACUGGGGAGAAACCUUACAAAUGCAAAGAUUGUGAAAAGUCAUUUCGCCUGUUGAUAGUCCUUAAAAACCAUCAGAAAAUGCAUACUGGAGAGAAGCCUUACAAAUGUAAGGAAUGUGACAAGUCCUUUUCUGUGAAGUCAAAUCUUAUAAUUCAUCAGAGAAUUCACAGUGGAAAGAAACCCUACAAGUGCAACAUUUGUCACAAAUCCUUUGGCCAGUGCUCAAAUCUUAAAACACAUCAAAGAAUCCAUACUGGGGAAAAACCUUACAAAUGUGAACAAUGUGGAAAGUCAUUUCCUCAGGUAUCAUCACUUCAUAGCCAUCAGAGAAGUCAUACUGGAGAGAAGCCAUACAAAUGUAAGGAAUGUGACAAAUCCUUUACUCAAAAGUCAACUCUUACAAGGCAUCAGAGAAUUCAUACUGGAGAGAAACCCUACAAGUGCAACAUUUGUGACAAGUCCUUUAAUCGAUGCUCACAACUUAAAACACAUCAAAGGCUCCAUACAGUGGAGAAAUCUUACAAAUGCAAAGAGUGUGGAAAGUCAUUCCCUCAUUUAUCAGCAUUUCAUGGGAAUCAGAGAAUUCAUACUGGAGAGAAAUCCUACAAGUGCAACAUUUGUGACAAGUCCUUUAAUCAGUGCUCAAACCUUAAAACACAUCAAAGACUCCAUACUGUGGAAAAACCUUACAAAUGCAUAGAAUGUGGAAAGUCAUUUCCUCAGUUAUCAUCACUUCAUAGCCAUCAGAAAAUGCAUACUGGAGAGAAGCCUUACAAAUGUAAGGAAUGUGACAAGUCCUUUACUCAAAAGUCAACUCUUACAAGGCAUCAGAGAAUUCAUACUGGAGAGAAACCCUACAAGUGCAACAUUUGUGACAAGUCCUUUAAUCAGUGCUCAAACCUUAAAACACAUCAAAGACUCCAUACAGUGGAAAAACCUUACAAAUGCGAACAAUGUAAAAUGUCCUUUCCUUAGUUAUCAACAUUUCAUAGGCAUCAGAAAAUUUACUCUGGGAAGAAACACUACAAGUGCAAUAUAGGUGACAAAUCCUUUUAUCAGUAAUUAAAUUGAAGCUGGUGGUGGUGACACACACCUUAAACCCCAGAACUCAGAGGCAGAGCCAGUCAGAUCUCUGUGAGUUUGAGGACAGCCUGGUCUACAAAGUGAGUUCCAGGACAGGCUUCAAAGCUACAGAGAAACCCUAUCUCAUAAAAACAAAAAAAAAGUAAUCAAAUUAAAAACAUCGAAGACUUCAUACUGGGGAGAAACCUUACAAAUGCACAGAAUGAGGAAUGUCAUUUCCUCACUUAUCAACAUUUCAUAGGCAUCAGAGAAUGUAUACUGGAGAGAAUCCCUACAUAUAUAACCUUUAUGAUAAUUCCUUUAAUCAGUGCUCAAUUUUUAAAACACAACAAAGACUUCAUACUGGAGAAAAACCUUACAUAUGCAAAGAAUGUGCAAUAUCAUUUCCUCAUUUAUCAACAUUUCAUAAGCAUCACAGAAUUAAUACUGGAGAGAAACCCUACAAGUGCAAUGUUUGUGACAAAUGCUUUUCUCUAAAGUCAACUCUUAUAAAUCAUAAGAUAAUUCAUCCUAGAGAGAAAUUCUACAAAAGCAAUGUUUGUGACAAACCCUUUACUAGGUGCUCAAGCCUUAAAACACAUCAAAGACUUCAUACUGGGGAGAAACCUUACAAAUGCAAAGAAUGUUGAAUGUCAUUUCCUUAUUAUCAUCACUUCAUAGCUGUUGGGCCCUGACCCUGGUUCCUUUGGUAGCUGUUGCCUUGCUUGCUGACCUUGAUCAGAUGUCCUCCCUAUGUAGAUUCACUGCCAGUUUCCUUCUCCUAAAACAGUUUACUGGAGGUUCCUUGUUUGUGUAUCCUGCAUUUGGUGUAAGCAGCUAGGAUGAAAGAAUGUAAAACAUCUGUAGCAAACUUCUGCCCUCCAGGUUCUCCCACUGUGCUGUAAGCCUGUAUUUAAGGCCUCCUCCCUCCUUCAAUAAACAGCAUUAGGCAUUUGGCAUUCUGCUGAGACAAAUGACCCAUUGUCUUGUCUCUGUUUCUAAACUUCAGCCCCGGACAUGGUGAAUAGGUGGUAGCACUACCACAGCCAUGAGAAUAUGCAUACAAAUGAAAGGCAUGCUGGAGAGUAGCUUUACAAAUUCAAUGAUUAUGACAGAUCCUGUAGCCACUAUUUAUCAUUUGGAAGGCAUCCGAAAAUUCAUUCUCACCAUGCAGUGAUGGACCACACCUUUAAUCUCAGCACUCCCUGGAGAAAGGCAGGUAGAUCUCUGAAUUAGAGGCCAGUCUUGUCUAUAGAGUGAGUUCCAGGACAGCAGGACUGUUUCACAGA